ACGCUAACAGGACGUGAUAUCCCGGGAUGGGUGAACAGAUUGGCAUCGUUUAGUGGUUCAAUACCUUUCCUGGAGAAGUGCCUUCCACAAGAAUGGUUAACGCCCGCAGCACUGAAGCAAACAAUUGAAGAGCGAAGAAGAUCAAAUGAAUUUAGCAGUAUUGAUAGCGCUGAAGAAAUACACGAAGAGAGCAGUUUGAAUAGACGAUCAAGUCUGCCGUGUAAUGGACGCAGUCAAGGUUUGUUUCUGAUUUGA